AAGACAUUGAGCUACUGAUUUAUUACAAAGACGCCCACCAGCCCUCUGCUGUGGUGGAGGCAGGACAGGCCUCUGCCAAACCUGGCUCUCUGAUGGGUGAUCCGGUGGUCAUGGUUAGCCUUUACCCCGAGUUCCCCCAAUCGGUGAUGUCCUCACUCACCACUUGUGGAGAGUUUAUAUUUUUGGUGGAUCGAUCAGGAAGUAUGGGUUCAGGAAUGAAUCACGAAACAUCUCAGAGUCGCAUGGACAGUGCCAAGGAAACUCUGUUGUUCCUUUUGAAGAGCUUACCAAUGGGCUGCUACUUCAACAUCUGCAGUUUUGAGACAACGUUUGAACACAUCUUCCCCAACAGCGUGAAGUACACCCAGAAAACAAUGGAGAACGCUCUGAAGAAAGUUGAAGAGAUGGCAGCUGAUCUGGGGGGAACAGAAAUCCUGCAGCCACUCACAGAUAUUUACAGCAAGCAGUGCAUUCCUAAUCAUCCCAGACAACUGUUUGUCUUUUCUGAUGGAGAAGUUGGAAACACAAAAGAUGUUUUAGAUCUGGUCAGAAAGAAUUCAAAUUCCCACAGGUGCUUAUCCUUUGGGAUUGGAGAAGGAGCCAGUUCUGCUCUCAUCAACGGGAUGGCCAAAGAGGGUGGAGGCCACGCUCAGUUCAUAACAGGAACCGAAAGGAUGCAACCAAAAGUGAUGGAGUCACUGCGGUUUGCUUUGCAUCCAACUGUAGUGGACAUUUCACUCACUUGGGAUUUACCAAAAGGAAUGUCAGCCACUGUUCUCUCUCCACCAAUCAAAUCACUUUUCCAGGGUCAGAGGUCUGUGAUAUACUCCCAGCUCUCUGGAAAGAUUUCAAAAGCAUCAGAAGCUUGCGUGAAGGUCAAGUACAGCCUGGCAGGUCAUCCCUGUGAGAACCAGCUGCACUUCAGCCUCAAACCAUCAGAAAACACUGGGUUAACGGUCCACAGGUUGGCUGCUCGGACUCUGAUUCACUCACUUGAAAUGAAGAUGAGAGAACCGAGUGGAUUUAACAAUGAUGCCAAGAGGAAGGUGGUUAAGCUCAGUGUUGAAUCAGGAGUGAACAGUUCCUUCACUGCCUUCAUUGCAGUCGACAAAACAACAAACAAAGUAAUUCAAGGACCUUUGGUACGCCGAAAUGUUCCAACAGCCUGUCUGGUACGCCGAAAUGUUCCAACAGCCAGCCCUGAUUAUCGACCAUUAAACUCACGCCGUGUUCCAGGACCCGAAUAUGAAUCACUGAACCCCACCUAUACCGGAAUGCAAAGCAAGAACUACUCAAGAGAUGCUUAUCAACCAUUAAAAUCAUGUCGUGUAAGACCAGACUAUGGCUCAGUCCUCUUGCGGUCGACACCAAGAUGCAAUUCACAGGAGUCUGAUUCAUAUCGUGGCCUUUUGAGACGUAGCGGACAAGAUCUAUUUGCCUCAGCAGCAAAAUUUAAAGAAAAGACUGCUGGAAGACGUGAAGAUUUACGCUGCUGCUCAGUUGCUUUAGAUGAUUGGGAUGGCUCCUCAAGACAUUACGAAGAGACGGGAAAAAGCUUGGCAGUGAGCGUCCCACCCAGAUCUUCCAGCCACAAGAUGUCUGGCACAAAUGUAUUUUCUCAAAUGAAGAAAAGGUUCAGUGUCUUCAUGAAACCUCAUGAAAAGUCUACAGAAACUGAUGCUCCAAAACGUUCAGUUAGAGACUCAAAACAUGUUGAAAAGAAGAAUCUCCAUAAAGACCCUCUGCUGCAGCUGGUGUCCCUGCAGAAAGCGUCUGGCAGCUGGAGGCUUGAUGAAGAUCUGGCUGCUGUGCUGGGAAAGAGCAAAGAGGAGGUGGAAAAAUCAAAGCCUAGAGAGGUCAAACAGGAAGUGUGGACAACGAUUCUGGCUCUGAUCUGGCUUCAUGGCUUCAAGACGGAUAAAAAAGCAGAGUGGGAGCUUUUGUCUAUGAAGGCUGCAUCAUGGCUCAAUGAUCAGAACGCUUCACGUGUGCCAGAGUGUGUUGCAGCUGGAAAUACACUGCUGGGCAGCAGUGUGCAAAAAGAAGCUCUGGGAAUAUAAGAGUUUCCAUGUUUCCUAGUUUUCAAUAUCAGUACGAGGGGCAUUUCUUUUCUACCUCAUCUUAUUUUUACUGAUAUGAAUGAAUCAAAUUUUGAGUGAAUGCUUCCGUAAACAUGCUAUUUUAAGCUGAUAUUUUACAUGAAAAUGUUCCAUUAAAAAUAAAUUUGGUGUUGCAUCAAUAUGAAAAACUAAGUCCCAGCUUUCCUUGACUUUUCUGCUGUACAUUAGUAAAAAGGUUAUUUUUUUCAAACUAUGUUCAGGUAACAUUUUCUGAACAAAUUGUCAGUUACUAUUUGUUGUUGUUUUUCUAUGUAACCUUACUUUUGACCCAACAUGAAUAAGUACCCAGCUCUGCUUAGUGGUAUUUAUAUGUUUAUUUGUAUGUGUGGUUCUGGUCAAGAUAGUAGUAGUCAAACAUAACUAAUCAGAUCCAACACACUUUUGACAAAAAUUCUAUUUCUAUAAGACAAAUAAUUAACUUCUAGUACACUAUUAGAAGCUUAAUAGUGUACUAGAAACUCAACACACCCAUGAGUCAUUCCAGGUAUCCUGCUGAUUUUGCAUAAGUGUCAUGUGUUUAACAUGACACUUCAGUCAAUGAAGUCACUGAUCCUGUGAACAAGCAUGAGAUAAAUAAGUGACCUAUAUUUAAGGGUGGAGGCUGCAAAUGAUCUCCUUGCUGAUUGUACUGCUGCAUCUAAAAAAACAGAAUAUUUCUUUCCAGAUGUAUCCGAAAGUGAUGUGUUUUAAUUUGUUGCAUUUUUAUGAUUAUGGUUUAGAGUUAAGGAAACCCCCCAAUUAAUGCCUCAGAAAAUUAGAAUAUCGCAUUAGACCAAUCCAAAACAAAUGUCUUAAGCACAAAUAUCAGGUUUCUCAAUACCAUUUCAAUGACUCAGUACUAGGUAGGGCCUCUUCUUGCAUGAAUUACCACAUUAGUGCUCCUUGGCAUAGAGGUGAUCAGCCUGUUUAAUCAGCUCACAUGUCACAACACAAAUGAGCAGAACUUCUCAGAAAUAUGGUUAUGUAAUUAACCAUUUGGGCAGUGAUUCCCAUGAAAGCUUGAUUCAACCAGCUUUCAGAUUUCACAGUCUGUACAAAAAAUAAACUCAUCUUUGAAAACU